UUACACCAUGCACUCAUAAAUGUCUACAGAAGAAAGAAACAUUAAGAAAAAGAGAACAAACACACUCUGCGCUUUUCUUUCUUACUCUAUCCAUGUGUAGAUAUCUUACACAUAUCCCUAUACUAAGUGGUUUGGACAUGAAUUCUAUCAUCGUCAUAUGACUGAAAAAUUGUUGAGUACGACGUUAAACCCCAAGCACUCACUCGCACAUGAAUUCUAUUUUAUUUAGAGUAAAUUGUUAACACCAAAUGAAAAACGUAUAAAAUUUCUAACAUUGGUUGUCAACAGCAACAUCUUAAGCAUACUCUUAUCGUUGGGUUUAGCUACUUGAGGGAUUCCCAUCACUGGUGCCAGGCAACACAUCAGAAUGGAGCAACUGCAGACAAUCAGUGCAGGGGACAUAACUCAAGCUCUGCACUCCCAGUCUCAGCAGCAGUUCACUGUAAUGCAGGCUCUUCCUGGUGGUCUUCAAGUGGGCGGAGUCUCUGUGUCACAGUAUCCAGGGACAACCACACUGCCGCUACAACAGACACAAGGCCAAGCCCAGCACCAGGUUUUCCAGUCUCCCAUGAUGCAGUUGGGACAGUCUGGUCAGUUGAUCACUGGUCAGCCAAUCAUGUUGCAGGGUCUCCCCCAAGGGCAGACAAUCCAGCUUCAGCCACAAACAGCUCAACAAAUACCUCAGUUCCAAGUUCUUAAUACUGCUGGACAACAAGUCCAGCCGGUGACACAGCCUCAAGCUCAAUUUAUCAUUCAACAGCCACAAACUGCUGGUCAGUUGAUUGGGCAAAGUCAGUACCUGACCCCUGCCGGUCAACUGGGACAUGUAAUCAACACAAAUCAGCUGUUCAGUCCGGUGGUACAGACUCAAGACGGGCAGACAUUAAUCUAUCAACCAAUACUAGCAGAUGGCAACCAGCUACAAAUCCCCAACCUUCAGACCCCCAACUUUGUACAGUUGCCGCUCAGUAGCACGGUAAAUGGGAAUGGAUCAAACCCUCAAGCUUCUCAAGCCACGACAGUGUCAACAACAGAUACUGCCACGGCCACUGUGUCAACGAACCAGCAAGCUACGAGCACAAGCCCACCUAGUGGCAAUGUACCAGGCAUGUUCAUGGUUGUCCCUCCGUCCACACCAGGUGCCACAGGCUCGACCAAUGAGGGCAGCUCUGGAAGUGGGGGUGCGGCCUCUGACCCCACCCCCACCUUGACCAUCCCUGGGGCAGAAGUCCUGGAGGAGGAGCCUCUAUAUGUCAACGCCAAACAAUAUCAUAGGAUACUGAAACGACGGCAGGCAAGAGCCAAGCUUGAGGCCCGCGGCAAAAUAUCCAAGGAACGAAAAAAAUACCUACAUGAAUCUCGUCACAAUCAUGCGAUGAAGCGAGUUCGCGGGGAGGGAGGGCGUUUCUUCUCAACGUUCAUCAAGAAGGAGGCAGAGGACUAUGACGAGGAAUAUGGUAACUCAAAAUAUGCUGAAGCUCUGGCUGCCUUUGUUGAUUCUGCAACAGACACGAAGCCAUUUAUACAGAACACAUCCUAGUAAAGAUUUGCAUAGUCUCAAAGUAUUGUACAUGGAUAUGUAUUUUUUCAAUUUUUAUCAUCAGGUUUCCUUCCCAAUUUUAUCUUUGUGCAAUAUGUCACAUAUAUAUACCACCGUAUCUCAUCAGUCUAUUUAUAUUUACAGUGUCACUUCAUAUGUAGCAUAGUUCAUUCAUUUUAAUGUGUAUAUAUUUAUAAGGAUAUGCAUUUAGAUAUUUAUAUUGCUCUUUGUUUUCAUUGCCUGUAACCCUGCUAAUGACUCUUUGAAAGUAAAUUGUGAAUGGUAGACUUUUUUAAACAUUUAAAAUGGAUGUAAAGGAAAAGAAAAAUUGUGCCAUUAUUGUCAAGAUUUGAACUACAUGUAGUUGGGAAUAUGAAAAUUCUAGCUCUCAGCUCCAUUUUCAAUUUUCCAUUGGCAUUAGGGUUUAUUGUCAUUCCUGCCGAGUAUUACAUUCAGUAUUAGUGUAUGGUUCUUUGUUGACACUGUUGUUGUCCUAUUUUUUUGACUUACUUACAGCUGCUUGUUUAUGGUGUGUUGUUUGUUGUUGCUCCUAGUGUAGAUAUUAUGGAAUAAUUUUCUUACAUAUUAUUAUGUACAUGUAGCUUUAGGUUUAAUACACAAACCAUCUCUCGUGUUAUUUUCAAAGUGCUAUACUCUGCAUACAGUCUCUCGUUACAUACAUACAAUUUUUUUUUUUGGAAGAUUUGAGUUGAGUUUGAGCUACAUGUAAUACAGAAGUUUCAUUUCUUUUUGUUUCAACCACCAAAGUAUUUUCUAGCACAGAGAAAAGAAAAUGAGAAAGACUCAUUUCAACUGUCACAACCUGUAGUCUGAUUUUAAUGCUUAUUUCUGGACCCUAGGAGCUAAAAUUGCCUUCUGGAAUUGUCCCCAGACGUGUAUUAUACUUACAGAGUGGCUUCUCUAAUCUUAACUAGCCUGAGAUGUCAGUUUGGUCAGGUACAGUGCUGACAUGAUGACCAGUGGUAGUAACAAUUGCAGCCAUCUAGGCAACGGGUGUAGAGUAAGUGUGUUACGGGAAGUACACAAUUCUUCACACAAUAUCUUACUUGUACAACACACCCGAUCUAGUCAUGCUACUUGUACAUCUUAUGGGUUGUUAAGUUGUUUAUGAAAAGUUUUGCUUUUGUCUUCUUUAAAUAAGUUGUUUUUAUUUUCAGCAUUAUCUUAAACAAUGUCCCACAAAUUACAAGUACACAAUUUAUUCCUUUGACUUCAAACGUUCUCACGUUGCAUGUUGAAGACUAGAAGGUCACACAAUCAUUGUGUGGGAUAUUUGAGUGACAGUUUUAUAGAGUAUGGAUGACUUUUGUUCCAGAUUUUACCUGCUGCAUGGUCUGUCUCAGCUACAUGCAAUCUUACAGGUACUUUUAUAUUUUUGUGGUCUGAUUUCAAAGUUUGACUGGAGAACUUUUUCCUUCAUUAUGAUACACUUGUGUAAAUAUUCUCAUGAUAUUAUCUCUGAUGUUUGUAAACAGCGUUUACUGUAUUAUAAUAGGUACCUAGAAAGAGGAUGUUGUUUUCAUGGUUUUUACAGGUUAAAGGUUAACAUUCUCAUUAUUGGAGUCCACCACUUCUAUGGUUUUUACAAGUUAAGGGUUGACAUUCUCAUUUUCAGAGUCUACCACUUUUGGGGCCAACAGUUCAAAAUCAUUUGUUAAGAAUGAUAAUUAAACCAUUUCAGCUUACAACUGGCUUAAGCUAUAUUCACUGCAAAUUUUAUAGAAUACUUGUAAUUUGUCAAUUUAUAUUUACUUGUGCAAGUAGUUGGUUUUUGACUACUAACUUCUGACAAAGUAAUAGAUAUGUCAUCUAGUUAGGGCCUUCUUUUAAAGCUUUUAGCCCAUAUACUACUACAAAAUGAUGUAAGAUUAUGUAAAAUUAUGUUUGACACUACCUGUAUUUUAAUGAGCAUGAAUUUUUAUUAUCAUGCAAAAUCUACCCCUGAAUGUUCAGGUAUUUGUGAGCAUGUGUUUGUCAUUGUGGCCAGGAACCACGGGAGUGUAGUGUGUUUUAUAUGUACAUGUGCAUCCUUCACAUGGAGCUCUUUGGAGCAGAACAGAUAUUUAUUUGUAUCAUUUAUGAAAUGGUUUAUAUCUUAAGCGGUGCAUCUUAUUACAAGUGUACCGUAUACAUGUAUUUCCAUCCAUUUGACUAGUGUGUUAAACUGUCAAUGAGUGUUUCUCAAGGUAGAAUCCGUAGGAUUGAUGUGGGGUAUGUGUAAGGGUUGUAAGGCCACAACUUUGAUCCUGGACAAUGAAAUUUCGUAAAGGUAAUACGUUAUCAGUUACAUGGUGACACAAAUAUAUGGUGUCAGUAAUCCUCAUAUUGACGCCAAGACCAAUGCGAGGAUUAUUGACUCCAUAUAUUUGCGUAUCCUAUCAUCGAGUCACCAUGUGACGGAUUUAUCUGGCAAAUUCUCAUCAAUUCAGUGCAGAAGACCGAUGUAUAGGUGAAUCACUUCAGCAAUGUGACCAUUGUAUUCACAACCCAACAAAGAUAACCUACUCAGCAGACAUAUUUGAUGUCUACGGGAUUCGAGAAUAUGUCUUUACCUCACAUGACCGUUGUUGUCCAAUGAAAAGCGGAGUGUUUUGUCUGAUGCAGGAUAAGUACUUGUAUGUGUGCCGGUACAGACAUCAUUGUUACUGCAUGUGCAAAGAUAUCAGUGUGACUACAAGGAUAUCUUCUGUGACUGCUGUGUUGCAGAGAUUAUCUGAACUCUCCACAGUUACAUGUACUCAUGCCUACAUGUUCUUCUGAAGCAGUUUACAGCAACAGGAAAACCACUUUGGAAACAAAUGUCUUGUGGACCAAAGCUUUCAAGUUGCAUCCUAAGAUUUAUUGUUCUCCAAUGUGGCAGAGUGUGUACAAAAGAAGCUACCUCUUAUUUCACAAGGAAAGAAGUAAACUCUAAACCCCUAACCUUUGAUGUGUCCAGCCUGUACUGGUUGAACACCUGUCAUUCACCUGUCCAGGUUGUACGCCUGUCAUUCACCUGUCCGGGUUGUACACCCGUCAUUCACCUGUCCAGGUUGUAUGCCUGUCAUUCACCUGUCCAGGCUGUAUGCCUGACAUUCACCUGGCCAAGUUGUAUGCCUGUCAUUCACCUGUCCAGGUUGCACUCCUGUCAUUCACCUGUUCAGGUUGUACACCCGUCAUUCACCUAUCCAGGUUGUAUGCGUGUCAUUCACCUGUCCAGGUUGUACACCUGUCAUUCACCUGUUCAGGUUAUAUGACUGUCAUUCACCUGUCCAGGUUGUAUGCCUGUCAUCCACCUGUUCAGGUUAUGUGCCUGCCAUUCACCUGUCCAGGUUGUAUGCCUGACAUUCACCUGUCCAGGUUGUACACUUGUGGUUCACCUGUCCAUUUCUUCUAAUCUUUGGGACAUCUGGUCUGCUCUUUGUAGCCAGUAUACAUGUAAUUGUGGCAGGAAUAUUUAAUUUUUUCCUCACAUGGUUAAACCAUCUAAUGAACAACAUACUCAGAUCUUUACUUUUCUGAAAAGAUGGGAAAGAAAUGUAAUAUUCAGCUUUCAGCACUAUUAAAAUAUGUCCCAGAAAUUUAUAGAAGAAUCGGGGUGUAUAUUACAUAUGGUUGUAUGCCAGUCCAGUAGCCAAAGAGUCAUCCACCUUUGUAAUAACGGGUUCAACUGCUGAUAUUUUAAGAUGAGAAAACAGUAGCUGAGGUUAGGUCCAGUCAGUGGACCACAGUUGUCAGAUUGGGGCUGCAGGUAAAUGUACAGUGUAGGGUUAACAAUAUUUACAAAAAAUGAAUGAAAAUUAAUUAUGAGAGCAUAAUAUGCUGUGUAAAUGUAAUAUUUGACUUCAAUUUCCAGAUCCAACCACCUUGUGGUCAAGUAGAGAAUUGAUUGUUAAACUUGUAAAACGGCCAUUAUUUACAGUAAGUGAAUUGUGUUAUGAUACUGUUAACAGUACCCUUACAAAAUGUUUUCUAUGCAUAAUGUUUGUAAACAAAACAUGAACAGUAAAUUUAUAUAUGAACAUU